AUGAAAUCUGUAGAUGAAGAAUCUACUUCUGAGGAUGAGGACUUUGAUAUAUCACCAGUUGAGAUCGAUGAUGCAUUGGUGAUUGAAGAAGACGAUAUUUCUGAGGAUGAAGAUGAAGAUCCUGAUGAUGUGGUAGGUGAAGAUCUUCCUGUUUGCAUGGCAGAUAAAGUCCACGAUGUUAAAUUACCCGAAUCCACUGAAGAAAGACCCGUUGACACCCAGACAAAUCCCGCUUCCGAUUCUAGCAGCCAAGGAACCGGAACCGGAAUUCGUGGUUCUGAUUCCGCCAAUUUCAGAACCUCAAAUUCCUUGGGUUCAAGGGGUACAAUGUCAUUUGCUGCUGCUGCCAUGGCCGGGCUUGCAUCGGCAAACGGGCGGGGCACCCGGGGCGGUCGAGACCGCCACGGGCGACCCGUUUUGGGCUCCAACGAUCCACCCUGGUUGGUAUUCUCUUCAAAUGGAAAGCCACUCAACCGCCAUUUAACCAUCUAUCAAGCUAUUCAAAGACAACUUGUGCUUGAUGAAGAUGAUGAUGAGAGAUACAACGGGAGUGAUUUUGAAUCCAGUGAUGGAAGCAGAUUAUGGGGCGAUAUUUACACAGUUACACACCAACGAGCCGAUAACCAAACCGUGGGGUCCACAACCCCGUCUAAAUCCCCCAAAACCGAUUCCACCUCAAACUCCAAUGAUCCACGGGCGCACCAAAUGUCACUUUUAGACACCCUUUUACAAGGAGAGCUUCCUUGUGAUUUGGAAAGAAACAACCGGACUUACAAUAUCCUAUCUUUGUUACGCGUAUUAGACGGAUUAAACCAGCUGGCGCCACGUCUGCGUGUCCAGUCAGCAACCGAUGGUUUCGCGGAAGGAAAAAUCUCGAGCCUUGACGAUCUAAAUGUUACGGGAAUCCAGGUCCCAUCAGAUGAGUUUAUAAACGGGAAAUUGACUCCAAAACUGUCUAGACAAAUUCAAUAUGCUCUUGCACUUUGCAGUGGUAGUGUUCUUUCAUGGUGUUAUCAGUUAACAAAAGCCUGCCCGUUUUUGUUCCCUUUAGAAGUCAGGCGUCAGUAUUUCUACUCAACUUCUUUCGGUUUAUCUCGUGCAUUAAAUCGGCUUCAAAAUCAACAAGGAGCAGAUGGACAAGGGUCGAUGAAUGAGCGGGAAUUUAGGGUCGGGAGAUUACAACGCCAAAAAGUCCGAGUUUCCCGGAAUCAGAUUCUUGAUUCUGCUGCUAAAGUUAUGGAGAUGUAUUCGAGUCAAAAAGCGGUUCUUGAAGUUAAAUAUUUUGGUGAAGUUGGAACUGGGCUUGGGCCCACUUUGGAGUUUUACACUCUGUUGAGUCAUGACCUUCAGAAAACAGGGAUGAACAUGUGGAGGUGUAAUUCUCAGAGUGUUGACACGUCACCGGAUGUUGACCCUGAUGAGAAGAAAGUUGACCUUAUUUUGGCGCCUCUAGGGUUGUUCCCACGUCCUUGGGCUCUUACUGUUGAUGCUUCUGAUGGGGGGCAAUUUGGGAAAGUGAUAGAACAUUUCCGGCUUCUUGGUCGUGUCAUGGCUAAAGCACUUCAAGAUGGGAGGCUUUUGGAUCUGCCACUUUCAGCUGCUUUCUAUAAGCUUGUGCUUGGACAGGCAAGACAUUGCAAGAAUUGCAAGCUCUUGUUUCCAGGAAACAUUGAAGAUCUUUGCUUGGACUUCGCACUUCCUGGCUACCCUGAUUUUAUUCUCAAAACAGGCGAUGUUAAUGUUGAUUUAAAUAAUCUGGAGUGCAUUUCACUGGUGGUUGAUGCUACUGUGAAGACUGGUAUCACAAGGCAAUUGGAAGCAUUUAGAGCUGGGUUUAAUCAGGUUUUUGAUGUGUCAAGUCUACAAAUAUUCUCCCCAAGUGAGUUGGAUUAUUUACUGUGUGGGCGCAGAGAAAUGUGGGAGGCUGAUACACUUGUGGAACACAUUAAAUUUGACCAUGGAUAUACUUCCAAGAGACCUGUAGUAAUUAAUUUCAAUCCAGAACAGCAGAGGGCAUUCUGUCAGUUUAUUACUGGUGCACCUCGGCUUCCUCCAGGUGGCUUGGCUGUGUUGAACCCUAAGUUGACCAUUUUCAGAAAGCACUCUUCGAGCUCCAACAACACGGCAUCAAAUGUCGCAGGUGGAGUGUCGGAAUCUGUAGAUGAUGAUUUGCCAAGUGUCAUGACAUGUGCCAACUACCUCAAGCUUCCUCCAUAUUCCACCAAGGAGAUCAUGUACAAGAAACUAGUGUAUGCUAUUAAUGAAGGCAUAAUACUUGAGAUCAGUUGAAUUUGCGGAAAUGAUUGGUGAAAGGUGCCUGAGAGAAAGAAGGAACUUGAACUUGAAUUUUCUGGAUGUUUUAAUGUUUUAAUAUUACAAGGCUUUUGUAAAUAAAUAGUGGAAUGUCAUAAAACUUCUGUUGCCUGCUGCUUACAACUUUGUUCUCUCACAUUUUCAUUUUGCAUACAUUUUCUAAUCUCUGCUUUAUUUACUUGGAAUUUUUUUCCCUAUAUAUGAUUACCU